UUUAGCGAUGAGUUUGAGGUAAGCAUGGGUUUGGGAGAGAGAGGCUGGGAGUUUGGUGGGGCUUUUGGAUUUUGAUUUUUUGAGUUGUUUGAAUGGAUUUUAGGACAUUUGAGCCAGAAGAAGGAAAGUCAAUAGAUGCACAAUCGGUUGCAAGGACAGAUGUGAUUUAUCCUCCUUCGUUGCCGUCGAACCUUGAUAAAGAUAGGUGUUAUCCUGCAAAGUUUAACACUAAUGGGUUUUAUGGAUGAGAUUCUGGUUCUGAUAUAGUGAAUGGCUCGAGUAUUCAAGAUAGACUUGAUAGCCAAAUCAGAGCUUUGCUCAACGUUUAUGAUCACACAGUUGCAGCAAUCCAAAGACAUGAGAGGGAAAAGAACGACCCAAGUUAUACUUAAUUUGAUAUUUUCGAAUAAAAUUUGCCUAAUGCAAAGCCCUAGGGAUCUGUAAUAUCCAAAAAGACGUCUUACCAAAUGUUUAAGCAGGAUAAAUGUC